AUGAACUCUUCAACAAAAGCAGCACCCAUGACGAAGGAUGAAACAAUUCUUUUAGUAGAGCUUGUGGCUGCAAAUAAAAUCAUUAAUAAUAAGACAACGAAUGCCACAAACAAUAAAUUGAAGGAACAGGCUUGGCAAACCUUGACAAAUGAAUUUAAUUCCUCAAUCAGUAGUUUCCCGCGAACUUCUUCGCAGCUUCGGUUUAAAUGGGAUAACUUGAAAAAAGCAGCUCGCAAACGUUGCGCAAACAUAAAAAGUAACCAUAAUAAGACUGGAGGUGGUAAGGACUAUUUUCCGCCAGAUGAAGUAUUGGACAAAGUUACUUCAAUUUUGGCCAAUACUUGCCAAGGUUUCUCUGUUGAGUUUGGUGGAGAUGCCAUCAAUGACAUAGUAGUGGAUGUCGAUAUUGAAAAACUUGUAACUGAAAAUGAGGAUGGAUAUGAGGAUAGUGAUGGUGGUGUUUGUGGUGGUGAUGUAACACAGGAGGAGGUGUUAAAUGAACAACAAAGUGUUGAGACCCAUUCACCAAAACCUAAAUUUCUUUUUUUAAAUAGGGCUAGCGGAAGUGGUACUUUAGCAAAGCGAAAACGCAAAUUAGAAGAAGAUAGUUUUAAGGCUCGUAUAUUAAGGGACAAUGCUCUAGCCGAGUACCUCACAACAAAAAAGAAAAAAAUCGAAUUAGAAAAUGAGGAAAAGGAGACAAUAAUUGCCAAAUUGAAGAUAGAAUUAGAAAACGCCAAAUUAGAAAAUUUAAAAUUAAAAGCAGCUUUGUGUAAACAGUGCAGUAAAAGAAUAAUG